GGCAAUGAAAUAUUGUGCCUCGUAUACUAUAAAGGCAAAGCAUAGUCAAGAAAAUAAUAAGAAUAAAAAUGGCAGUAUUUCAUAUCAACGUGUUUCUGUUACUCUCUCUUUUAACCAUCACCAUUGUUACUCCUAUGAAUGGUUUUAACCCUCUUGGUGAUUUCAACCGGAGCAGUUUUCCCAAAGGCUUUGUUUUUGGAACAGCCUCUUCUGCAUAUCAGUAUGAAGGUGCAGCAUUUGAGGGUGGAAAAGGACCAAGCAUUUGGGAUAACUUCACUCAUAAAUAUCCAGAAAAAAUAAAAGAUAGAAGUAAUGGUGAUGUAGCGGUUGACUCGUAUCAUAAGUACAAAGAAGAUAUUGAACUCAUAAAGGAUUUGAAUAUGGAUGCUUAUAGAUUCUCCAUUUCUUGGUCUAGAGUUCUACCAAAGGGAAAGCUUAGCGGAGGUGUAAAUCCUGAAGGAAUAAAGUACUACAACAAUCUCAUCAACGGAUUAUUGGCUAAGGGUUUGCAACCAUAUGUGACACUUUUUCAUUGGGACGUUCCCCAAGCUUUAGAGGAUGAGUAUCACGGUCUUUUAAGCCAUCGCAUUGUAGAUGAUUUUAGAGACUAUGCUGAACUUUGCUUCAAGGAAUUUGGUGAUAGAGUGAAACAUUGGAUUACUAUAAAUGAACCAUGGACUGUGAGCAUGAAUGCUUAUGCAUUCGGAACGUUGGCACCGGGUCGAUGUUCAUAUUGGUUAAAUCGGAAUUGCACAGGAGGUGAUUCAGGGACAGAACCAUAUUUGGCUGCACACAACCAGCUUCUUGCUCAUUCUGCUGCUGCAAAUUUGUACCGGAUCAAAUAUAAGUCAUCUCAACGAGGCAUAAUAGGGAUUACCUUAGUCUCACACUGGUAUGAGCCGGCCACUACAGCGACGGCCGACGUUGAUGCUUCAAAACGAGCUCUCGACUUCAUGUUUGGAUGGUAUAUGAAUCCGCUUACAAGAGGCGAAUAUCCAAAAAGCAUGCGAACUUUGGUGGGAAAGAGAUUACCAAAGUUCUCAAAAGAAGAGUCAAGGGAACUUAAGGGGUCUUUUGAUUUUCUAGGCCUAAACUAUUACUCAUCCUACUAUGCUGCUCAUGCAUCUCACCAUCCCAAUGUCGUCCAACCGGCCAUACAAACUGAUUCUCUUGUUAAUGCUACAUUUGAACAUAAUGGCAAGCCUCUCGGUCCAAUGUCUGCUUCGAGUUGGUUAUGUAUUUAUCCAAAAGGACUUCAUAAUCUUUUGCUUUACACCAAGAAAACGUACGAGGACCCUGUAAUUUACAUUACUGAAAAUGGUCGUGAUGAGUUCAACGAUCCAACAUUAUCUCUUGAAGAAUCUCUCUUAGAUACUUAUAGGAUUGAUUACUACUAUCGUCAUCUUUACUAU